CAAUACCAUUCACUCGGAAGGAGCGCCGUCGUGAAGCGGUAGGCCAGCAACAGAGCAGCCACGGCCCGCCCUCUGGGCUGCCUUUGCCUGAUGCAGGCCCGUCCCGCCUGUCCAUCUCCGCUGCCGCUUGAGCUUCAAAAGUGGGUGGCUGCUGCUCCCCGCCGGCCACGGACACGGCAAUGGCAUAUAGGCCCGGCAGCCCUUGCUGAUCAUCUUGACCUCCUCACCACCAGCACCGUCGCCAGCACGACAGCUGCGAGACAGCAUGGCGAACACUACGCCGCGCUACUCCAACUCGACACUCUCCCUCUACCACUCGUGCCCACCAGGGCUAGGGGGAGACGACUGUCAAAGCGCAACGUGCAACUCGACGUUCGUCCCACCCUCUUCACGCUCACUCAAGCCAGCAAAUGUCGCAACAUGUCCACGCUGUACCGACGGCUUUGGCGGGCUGAAUUGCAACAUCUGUCAGUCGGCCGACUCCUGCGGUACCGCUGCUACUAGUCUCAACAUUCGUCCAGCAGCAGGUGAGACGCUCACCUGCCACCAAGGCCCGCGCCCAAUCAGCACGACGCAGCUGCAAUGCAACAUCAACCAGCCCACGUUGUCCACCUUUUACCCGGGAAAGAGCAUCGUAAUGACCAUGACAAAGGUCGUUCAGCCGGACAACACCACCCUCACCGGCUUGCCCAGCUGGCCAGCAGUCGGGGGCACAACCACCUCGCAAGUCUGGCUAGAUGGGGUGAUGCAGUACUACUGUCAAGCGUCCAAUUGCUCGUCGACCAACUCGACCACGCCUGUCUCGACGGGAGGCAGCGGAGGCAGCGAUGUCUGGACUUGUAGUGAAUUGAAGUGCUACUGUCCCCCGACGACGGCGAUGUGCAGUGGGAAUGGGGGAGGCAUCGCCAUGGAAGGCAUCGUGAAUCAGUUGAGCGGGACGCUGAGCAUGCCGUGUGACUACGGCGAGGAUGGCAAGACCAAGUGCCAAUUCAAGGGCGGGCAGCUCACCACGUAUCUUGGUGAGGCGGGCCUACCGCUUGAGGAUUGCACCUUCUCAUCCUGCGUCACGCAGUCAGAGCUCUCAGCCUUCUGGCUCUCCUCCGAAUCCAAGUCUGCACAAGCCAAGGAGAAGGACGAUACACUUUCAGGUCCUGUCAUUGGCGGUAUCACCGUGCUUUGCGUCGUCGUGGCUGCACUGCUCGGGCUGCUUCUCUGCGGCUGGUGGCAGCGUCGGCGCGCUCAACGACGUCCCAAAGGCGGCGAGGCGGUGAGAGCUGUGGGCGUGGCAUGGGAGGACGUGGACUACAGGGUCUCUCGCAAGGCUGCCCCGAAGUGGCUUGGAGGGAGCAAGACCUCGGCCCCUUUGCACGAUGAUGCCGAGUCGCCACAUCAAGAGAAGACGGCGGGAGAGACGCUGCCAUCUCUCGACACCGCCGCAGCACACGGGCAUAUCCUCCAUCACGUUUCAGGCCACGCCCCACCGGGGUCCCUUGUAGCCAUUCUGGGCCCCUCCGGCGCAGGCAAGACGACACUCGUGGAGCUUCUGGCAGGCAAGGAGAAGAGCGGAGCAUUCAAGGGCAAUAUUCGUCUCGACGGAGCAGGAGAAGACCUCUCCGCCACCUCGCCUGGGCGACGUCUUCUCGCCUUUGUCGAUCAAGAGGACCAACUACCUGCCUAUUCCACUGUCCGUGAGGCCCUACGCUUCGCUGCCGAGCUCACAUUGCCCGAUAACGUGCCAGAAGAGGAGAAGAGAGGCAUUGUCCAAUCCGUCAUCACCACGCUGGGGCUUGGGGCAGUGGCUGACUCCAUCAUCGGGGAGCGAGGCAGGCGUGGUAUCUCAGGCGGAGAGAAGAGGCGGGUCAGCAUCGGCAUCGCUCUCGUGGCUCGUCCUAGGAUCCUUGUGCUCGACGAACCCCUCUCCGGCCUAGAUGCCUACAAUGCCGCAAGGGUCAUGAUGGCUCUCCGUCAGCUGGCGAGCGGUGAUCACGAAGGAGGCGCAGGGACGACGGUCAUCCUUACUCUCCACCAGCCCAGCUCUCAGAUGUUCCACAUGCUCGACCAAGCCAUCCUUCUCUCUGCGGGUCGGACCUUGUACGCCGGUCCACCAGGAGAGGCAAUGCGUUGGUGCGAGGAAACGAUGGGCCACCCGUGCCCGAGGGGACAUAAUGUUGCGGAUCAUCUACUCGAGAUCGCGAUGCGUACGAGUGGCACAAGGCAGGAGGAUCACAGCGGAGGCUCGUCGCCCAAGCGAGAGGCUGCAGUCGCACAGACUGGACAGAUGAUUCCAAGGACGACCAGCACGACGACUACCUGGUUUACACAGGUCCGAGCACUCACGCGUCGCUACCUCUCCACUGCUAAGCGGGAUGCGGCUGGCCCUCUGGCGCACUUGGUUGGGCACAUUGUGCUUGGACUCAUCGUGGGCGGAGCCUUCUUCCAUGUCGCGACAACGAUCAGCGGAUUUCAGAAUAGAGUCGGUUCCCUCUACUUCCUUUUCAUGCUCAUGCUCUUCGCUAGCAUGUCAGCCAUGACAAGCAUCCACGCCGUCCGACCACUCAUGGCGCGCGAGCGAUCCGACGGGCUCUACUCACCCUGGGCCUUCCUAGUCGCGCACGGCACCUACGACAUCGUAUUCCUGCGCCUCAUCCCCGGUCUGCUCCUCUCAACCAUCCUCUACUGGAUGGUCGGCCUCCGUUCCUCCGCCGCGAGCUUCUUCGAGUAUCUCCUCCUCGCCCUGAUAUUCUACAUCGACACGACCUUAUACAUGCUUCUGCUCGGUUCCCUAUUCACCAACCUCUCCCUCUCCAUCCUGGGCGCCUCGACCUUCAUUCUGCUGAACAUUGCGUUCGGCGGCUUCCUCCUCAAUCUCUCCACCAUCCCACCCGUGCUGCGCUGGAUCCAGUGGCUGGCGCCCAUGAAGUACGCGCUGGAGGGAGUGACGCAGCAUGAGAUUAAGGGGCUGCAGGUCAAUGAUAGAGUCGGCGGCGUGCCCGUGGGGCUCAGUGCAGAGUUGAUCGCGCCAGGACUGUUCUCGCUCACAGGAAGCUAUUAUCGCGACCUCUUGGUGCUCGCGCUAGGCUUCACGGUUGGGUACGCGCUUUUGCUCGCUGGGGCUGUGUGGUGGAGGAUGAGAGACAGACGCUAGGCGCGAUACGUAGACUACACUGUAUUUACUCUCUUGGGCAUUUUGAAAAUCCAGUCACCUUGUCACCUUGCGCCUCAGAGACACCUCACGCCGUA